AUGAAAAUAUAUGGCAAUUAAACAUCUUUAAAGUAAACUUUUAUUGUUUCUCAUUACAUUAUUUACUAAUAAUAGAAAGCAGAAAAAGAGGCUCAAAAGGAAGAAUCCAAAAUUCCAUACUCAGGUGGCUCUAAAAAAAAUAAUCAUUAUCAUCAUAAGCAACAUAAAAGUGUUGGUAAACCUGUAUCAGAAUCAAAAAAUAAUAGCGAUUUAUAUGAAGAAAAUAAAAAAUAAAAUAAUUUUAGUCCUUAGCUAAAGGAGUUAAUGACAAAUUACGUCAUGGAAGCAGGCGCAUUUGACCCCUUCUAUUUAAAUGAUGCAGAAUAGUUUAAUAAAAAAAGUAAAAACUCAGAUUAAAGUGUUGAUAUUUAAAAACCAAAUGAGAGAGUUAAGACUCAAAAGCAUAAAAAAUAAGCUAAUGAAAGAGAAGGUUAAUAAUUAAAAGCUUCAUAAAAUGAAGAAGUAGAAUAGUAAGAAAAUAAUGAAGUUGAUUUAUUAGAAGUCAGAAAACGUUCAUUCAGUAUAAAUAAUGGUACACUAUUAUUACCAAAUGAUAUUGCUGUAUCAUCACGUACAUUAUCGUCUGAAAAACGCGAAGAUAACAAAGAUAAAGAUAAUAGUGAUAAAAGUGAUGAAGAUGGUGAUAAUUUAAGCGAUGAGGAUAAAAGUGGAUCUGGAAAUAGCAGUGAUAGUGAUAAAAAUAGUAGUAGCAGUGGCGGUAAUAGUGAUGAUAGUAGUGAUGACGAAGAUGAUGAUGAAGAAAGCAUAAGAAUAAAGGAGAGUUAACAAAGCGAAAAAAAUGAAAAUGGAUUAUAUGAAAGUGAAUUUUUUAACAGUUAAAAUAACUGGGGGAGAAGAAAAAAACUAAACCUAAGCUAAACUAGCGAGUCUUUUGAUGAAAAUCUUUACUGUAACUAUGAAAAUUUUAAUGGAAGUUCUUCUGUGAAUUUAAAAUAAAUAAAGACAAAUGUUAUGAUUAUAGGUGAAUCUAAAAUUGGAAAGACAGAACUAUUAUCCGAAAUGUUUACAAAUAAUUAAUUUCCUUCUAAAUUAAAUGCAAAUUACUCUCUUGACCUGAUGAUACAUAAACUUUCAAAAAGCGAAUAGGAAUAUAAAAUUUGUCUUUGGAUUUAAAAUUUAUCUACCAUGCAGUAUUAAUGGAUAAUAGAAUAGGUCUAUUAUAAAAUAGUGAGCACUUUUAUAUUUUUGUAUAACGAUUCUGACCCUAAAUCUCUUGAAGCUGUUAAAACCACAUAUUAAAAAACAAAAGCUUAAGCACCUAACGCAAAAUAUAUUUUAAUCGGAAUUACAACUCAUAGUACUAAUGAAUAAAAGGAAAUAUAAGAAAAAGCAAAGGCAUUUUCUGAUGAGAAUAAUUUCACGUAUUAUUUUGAAAGAAUUUAAUCUUAACCAACUGAAGAAACACAUCUGAAUUCUUUAAAGCACUAUGUAUGCCCUUUACUCUUCGAUAAAGAAAGCAACGAUUCAUUUAAAUGCAGUGAUUUCUAAAUUUGCUAAAACUCAACUCAAGAUUCUCCAAAAUCUAUAGAAUUUUCUUUGAAUAAAAAUAUAUCUCAAGAGUUUUGUUUUGCAAAACAUAUUUAAAAUUCGUAAUCACCUGUUCGAACUAGAAACAUUGAUUUAAGUGAUAUAGACCAAAUCAAAUAUUCAUAAAAUAUAAAUUUCAAAGAUGGAAACGGGUAUUGCUUAUCUGAAACAAGAAGAUAACAAAAAAAUUUUACGGAGGAAGAUGCAAAUGGUAAAAGUGAUAGAUAUUUUAUAGACUAGGAUGAAAAUAUGCAAUAUACUUAAUCAAAUAAAACACUAUAAACGUUCCCACUAAUAAAUGAAAAUAAUUAAAUAAUCUAAGAAACCUAUUCUUGGCCUAUCUAAUCAAAUUCACCUAUCAACUUCGACUAAAAUAAAAACUACUUAGAUAAAAGUGCCUGUAUAAAUUUGAUACCCAGCGAAAUUCAAAGUGUAGACAAUUAGAUAUAAGAUUAACAAUUAGAAUAGCAAUUAAAAAUAGGUGAAUCCUCUAACUUAGAAUCUACUUAACAAAAUUUGUAGCUAUCUGAUCAUACAUUAUCUGAAAUUCCUAUAAAAAUAAGUUAAUAAGGGUGA